AUGAGGACAAAACGACCGCCAAAGCCGACCGUCGGCGUUACUAAUGACUUUGACGUCCGCGGAAGCCAAUAUAGAUAUUUGUUCCCACGGCCAUUACCACCCACUACGCCAUCCAGUGACUUCUCGAACGGUUGUAGGAAGAAGAUUUGCUCAUCAAGUCAGACAAACGAUAUAUUACCAAACCCUUGGUCCCCAUUUUCACACAAGAUGUCGGCUCCAGUCUUCAUCGAUAGCCUCUUGGCACAAAUAACGACCUCGAACAACUUUAACGCCCUCAAUCACGCAAUCAAAAACACCAUCGCGCGCGAAACGAGAGAGAACGUACUUUCAAGUAGUCUAUCAAAUGGGCAGGAUCCACUGGCGCUUGUCAGUGCGCCUACGUACACUUUGGGUGUUCUAUACAUCCUCUCGGCAAGACUGAGCGCAAAUUUCGCGAACGUAGCUCCUCCUCCAUUUCAAGUUGUGCGAGAUUUUUGCCGGAAUUUCAUCCCUGAGCAAGCACGGGCAGCUCCUGAGCGCAUAACAAAACUUGCGAAGGGAAUCAAUAAGCUGGCAGGACAUCUCGGAAAUCCCGGUCUCGCCAUUCCGCCACUUUACGAUCUGGUCACUCGAUACCCGCCUAAUUCUUCGUAUCUAACAACAGUCCACCAGAUCUUCCUUCUUGCUUGUGUAACCACCCGCAACUUCCGCUCCGCACUUCCUGUGCUAUCACAUCCCAUCACCAACAUCGACAUUAUCAACCUCUCACCUGAAUUGAACUAUAAUGACAACUUGACCUAUCACUACGCCGGCGGCAUCGCCCUCGCUGCUCUGAAACGAUGGAAGGAGGCUGAGGAGUAUUUCGAGAUCUGCGUGACGAGCCCUGGGACCUACCCUGCCGCAUUACAGAUGGAGGCUCUCAAGAAGCUCCGACUCGUUCAGCUCAUCUCAACAGGCAAGGUCUCGAAUCUCCCAAAAUACACCCACCCUCUCCUCGUCCGGCUCUUCAAAAACACGCCAUACAAUGCAUUCAUCAACGCCUACCCCAACAACUCCCAACACUUACGCGAGAUCUACGAUAAGGAAAGGCACACAUUUACACAAGACAAGAACCUGGGCCUGCUCCUCCAGGCCAUUGCUCGUGCUCCGCGAUGGGUGCUAAAGAAGCUGACUGCAACAUAUGUGACCCUCCAUCUCGCGGACAUCGGUAAAGUAGUUAAGAUCGAAUCGGAGGACGAGGUUAGGGCGUUGCUUCUGAGCAUGAUUGAAUCAAACGACAUCAGCGCUCAGAUCUCUGCCGAUGGGAGCGUUACCUUCUCGGACCCGCCGCCGCAGUUCACGAAGGAGCAGGUCGACAACGUGCUUAGGGAUGUACAAGAGCAGACUGCGCUACUUGGGUACCUCGAACAGGAGGUCGGGAGGAGUAAAGAAUUUUUGUCCAAGGCUGCGAAAUCGAACGACUCAGGCUGGACACCUGCUGGAGACGAAGAGCUAUUUGCGAAUAUGGGUGGCGUACAGUGGGACGAGAACAUGUAUUCAUAA